AGCAAAUUGCACUCUCUUCUGUCCUUUGAGCAUCAAACUGUAUGCAAAAAAUUCUUCAGAAAUGGAGUGAGGAAAAGAGCAAGGAAUGGUGGUGAUGCCACAACAAAACCCACUUGAACAUUUGCAAUCAAAGUUCAAGUGGAGAUCAGUUUCAGGGGAUGGCUAGCCAAGCAGUCCUUACCCGUCGAGGCUGCCGUCGUAACCACCACCAGCACAGAUCAGGGCGCUGCUAUCGGUGCUUUCAUGGUUACCCUCACCAACGAUGUCUCCUCCUCUCUUCCAACUCCCCAGGCUUCCCUCGACCCUCAAGCCAUGGCUUCUCUCAAGCAAGCCCCAGGCUCUAUGAGGAGGUCCCUUGGUACAGGCUCGAAAUUUUGCGGUGAUGACCGGCGUCAACGCCGGCAUAUCUUGUGUCAUGAAAAGAUUGAGAGGGAAGGAGGAUGUCCAAUCUAGCACGGUGGCAUCUUUUGGUUCUGGCGCCAUGUUUUCCUUAGCGAGCGGUAUGGGUGGCCCCAAAUCAGAUUGCAAAUGCAGCUACAUCUGGUCUUUUUUUUUUGCUCUUGUUCAAGGAGGUCUUUUCCAGUUAGGGCAAAAGUUUUCUCAACCACCCGCUGAGGAUAUGUACUAUACCAGAACAAGAUCCAUGUUAAGUAGUCUGGGCCUGCAGAACUACGAGAAGAAUUUCAAGGGAGGCUUGUUAACAGAUAGCACAUUGCCUUUGCUCACCGAUGGGCAAGCAGUUGGAUUAUAUCUCGAUUCAACUUUCAAACUAAAAGCUUAUGAACUGUGUGUAGGUAUGCUCUGAUUGCGUUUAAACUGACAUGCUGUGUUUCAGUGCAGUUAGAGAUGUGAAAAUACCACCUGGACCUAGGCUCCUUAUUCUUGAUCAUAUCCAGAGGUUUGAUUCUAUCUUCCAUGUAGGAUGAUUAUACAUUGCCCUUGACCACUAGCAACUUUCUCACCUUCUGGUCUAAUAUUUGUCUUUAGGGACCCAGAGUUUAAAGAGAAGCAAGGGCGACUACGGUGAGCUACUAUCGCCAAGCCUUUUCACCGUCCAGGAACGGUAGUGGUUCGUAUCUUCUCCAACGAAAUGAUUUCUUUUUAUUUCUUGCUGCUCUUAGCAUCCAAUUUGGAUAAACAUGGUUGUUUAGAAUUUUCAUUAAACAAGU